CCCGCGGGGACCCCCCCCCCCACCCCUCCCCUCCCCCCCGCGCCCCGAUUCCGGCCCGAGCCGGGGGGGAGGCCGGGCGCCCGGGCCAGAGUCCGGCCGGAGCGGAGCGCGCCCGGCCCCAUGGACAGCUCGGCAGUCAUUACUCAGAUCACCAAGGAGGAGGCGCGGGGCCCGCUACGGGGCAAAGGUGACCAGAAGUUAGCGGCUUCUCAGAAGCCCCGGAGCCGGGGCAUUCUCCACUCGCUUUUCUGCUGCGUCUGCCGCGACGAUGGGGAGGCCCUGCCGGCGCACAGUGGGGCGCCCCUGCUGGUGGAGGAGAAUGGAGCUGUCCCCAAGCAGACCCCAGCACAGUACCUGCUCCCAGAAGCCAAGGCCCAGGAUGUGGACAAGAUCUGUGUGGUCAUCGACUUGGACGAGACCCUGGUGCACAGCUCCUUCAAGCCAGUGAACAACGCCGACUUCAUCAUCCCUGUGGAGAUUGAUGGGGUGGUCCACCAGGUCUACGUGCUGAAGAGGCCCCACGUGGAUGAGUUCCUGCAGCGAAUGGGCGAGCUCUUUGAGUGUGUGCUGUUCACCGCCAGCCUUGCCAAGUACGCAGACCCAGUAGCCGAUCUGCUGGACAAGUGGGGGGCCUUCCGGGCUCGGCUGUUUCGUGAGUCCUGCGUUUUCCAUCGGGGGAAUUAUGUGAAGGACCUGAGCCGGCUGGGCCGAGACCUGCGACGGGUGCUCAUCCUGGACAACUCACCCGCCUCCUACGUCUUCCAUCCAGACAACGCCGUACCGGUGGCCUCCUGGUUUGACAACAUGAGCGACACGGAGCUCCACGACCUUCUGCCCUUCUUCGAGCAGCUCAGCCGCGUGGAUGACGUGUACUCAGUGCUCAGGCAGCCACGGCCAGGCAGCUAGUGAGGUGCCCUGGGGCCAUGACCGGCCCCUGACCAAGGCCCACACCCCUCCCAUGUGGACUUGUCCUUACAAAAACCCAGCAGCGGUGGCCCACUUCAGCCCUCAGCGGCAUGGGGAAGUGGGCCCUCCCCGCCUGCCCGGCCAGGCUGCGCCAAGAGCAAUGAGCCUCUGGGUCCCUGUGUCAGUGCCUUAGAACCUCCUCCUCCUCCUUGGGGGACCUGUGGGGCCCUGUGGGGCGCUCCCCCUCCCUCUCCCUCUCUUUGCUGCCAUGUUUCUUUGCUGCCAAAUAGGGCCCCUUGGCCCUUUCUGGUUCUACUUGGGGGAGGGGCAGGCUUCCUGCUGCCCCAUGCCUUGGACCCCCAGCCUGGGAAUGGUGGACACCAAGUGCCUUCCUUGCAUAGAACCCUUUUUGCCCUGCCCUGUUUUCCCAGGGCCGUGAUCGGGUCGGCUCUGGCCUGGGACAGUCUCCAGAUGGCUGCAGUUGAGGCUGGAAGGGGCGAGGAAUUAGCCUCCCCACCUCCUCCCUUGGGACUGGUCAGCCCCCACCCAUCUCUGCCUCCUAGGAGGGUGGGGAGGGGAGAUCUGUUAUCAUUUGGUGAAGGGAAUGGGGUGUGUCCUGCGGGACCCCAGAGUCCAGCUUCUCUAGGCUCAGCAGCAGCUGAAAGCUGCUUCCCACACCGAGCCCUGACCUCUCACAUCUGCCUUAACCAUCCCAAGGCCCUGGGGCCACCACCCCAGCCCUGGUGUUGGGGGCAGAGGCAGGACCCGUUUGUGGUGCCAUAUAAAUAUGUAUAUGUGUAUAUAGAUUUUUAGGGGAAGGGGAGAGGGAAGGGCCAGGGUGCAGAGACCUCCCCAGUCCUUCACCCCUUUCCUGGACCCAUAAAUUGUGGGGAGGGAGGGAAAGGAUUUUUACGUUUUUUAAACUGCUAUUUUCUGAAUGAAACAGUCUGGGCCAAGGGGCCCCAAGCCCUGUCUUCUGCCCCUCACACCCUCUUUGCUCCAAUUAUUCAUUCAUUGAAAACACAUCAGCACAUUCUCUGUGCCCAAGGCUGUGCUAGGCCCACCAGCUGUGUGUGUGGGGGUCUCUGCAUCUCAUUGGUGCCCUCCCCCACCCACUUCAUACUUCACUGGUGCCUUUCGGGGAGCUGUAGGAGGUGGGACCCUUCUUGGGGGGUUUGGGGGUCUCCAGGAAGCCUGGCCAAGCUGUCCCCGUCCCCCCUGUGCCAACCCACCCCUCUUGUGCUCUUCCCCCACCCCCACCCCCUGCUGGCUGGGGGCAGCUCCCAAGACAUCCUGCCUUCCAGCUCUGACUUCUUUAUCUGGAACCCCUUCCCCAAAAUGCUGAGUCUGGAGAUCAAGGCCUUGGGCUCUCCCCAGGGCUUAACGGUUAAGGGGACCCACAUACCAGUGCCAUGGGGGGUGUCCAAUGGAGAUAUCAUUGCCCCUCCGCCCCAGAGAGCUGGGGGUGGGAGGGAGGACAAGGUUGGCCAGAAUCAGGUGACCUUCCCAUUUAAGUGCCUUCUCUGUGACUGAGAGCCCCACAGUAUGACAAGAACUAAAAACGCAAGACCCCCCA